CAUUGCAGGUGCUGUCCAAGGGCUUUCUGUCUUUCCAGGCAGUUCGCCUGUCGCGUCGGCCGGGAUCGGAUGGUCCGAUGUUUUCCUUGAAUCAUCGUGACUGCGGUCGGGGAUGGGGUGGAAGAUGGUGAUUUUGUGCUGCGUCUGUGUCCUCUUGCUGGCAGCGGGAUUCUCUCAUGCCGAAAGAGAGGUGACGGAGGUGAGGCGAGUCCUCGUCCAGAAAUGUUGUCCUUUGGACGAAGGCUAUGAACUGUUUCUGAGAAAGUGCAACGCCUGUCCCGUCGAGUGGAACCUCCCGGUUUUCAAUCAAAAUAUGAGCGAGAUUCACAAUUUGUCAAGAGAAUACCGGCGUCGGAUCGACGACAUGGCUUCUAUUCCUUGUGGCAAUGAUGUCUUGUCUCCAAGUACGAACGACGAUCCUUGGGAGGAAUACUAUACUGUCCAAGACAUGGGGUAUCUCUACGUCCCAGAUGUGAAUUUAACAACAUCAAAUGGACUUUCCUGCUCUGAGCAUGUUCACUGGGAGAGAUCCUGGAUAAAUGUGACGAAGUUUUGUCACUCUACGGAGAUGAUCCCAGACUGCACUGGGAAGGUUUGCGUCCAGAAGUGCUGCCACGAGACGGAAAUGUUGUACGAGUCUCGGGGUUGGUAUCAAUGCGGGCCUGCUGAAGGAACAUGGCAUUUCAGAGAACUUCUCCGCACAUAUCUCCAUUCUGAUGAAGACAUCCACUUGUCCACGGGUUUUCCCAUUUGUCCGCAUCUUUCCGCUUUCGUCAUCCCAUUGAUGUCGAUAAUGGAACGUAGUUUCUCUCUGACUCGGAGCGGAGGAUUGAUCCAGACUGGAAGGCACACAUUCGGUGACGAGGUCGUCCGCAUUCCCAGGUAUUGCAUCGACGAAUGCAGGAACUGCACUUCAUUUCUGGAACCCAUAGCCCUAAUCUGUCCUCCGACUCGGAUGGUCUCCCUGGAACUACCUCCACUCCCUACCAAGAUCGUGUUAAUGCUAGUGUCCACCAUGAUAUUGAUCAUUACUUUUCUCCUAAGUUGCGGUUCCUUGAAACGGAAAAAGUUUUCUGGAGGUACUCGUCUUUUCUACCUCACCUGUUUCCUGGUUUCAUACAUUUUCUUAUUUGCCGCUGAAAUUUGCCUCUCCUUUGGCGUCUCCAAUGCCUUCUGCCCUGCAUCAGUGCUGGCUUACCACUACGGGUUCAUGUCCGUAUUCGCAUGGCUCAGUGCCAUGAGCUAUGACAUCUGGCGGAACGUGAAUUACCUGAGGAUGGAUUCGCAAGACAGGAGCAGGAAGAAGCUGAUUUACUACAGCUUGUUUGCAUUCGGGUUCCCGGCGAGCAUCUUUACAAUGGCGUACGCCAUGGAAGUCGCUCCGGGCAUCCAUCCGCACUCCAUCAGGCUGGGAUUAAAAUCUCUCACGAGAAAUGAAUAUUGCAGGUUCCCUGAUCCUGUCGGUGUGAAGCUUUUUUUGGACUUGCCGUUCGUCUUGCUGUUGGUGGCAGAUACUAUUUUCUUCGUGCUCACGAGUCGUUUCUUCGCUCGCCAUUGCAAGGACACUGCAGAUCUCCAUCGAAACCAAAAGCAUAGGCGGAAGUUUUGGAUGUAUGCAAAGUUGUUCGUGCUGAUGGGCGGGAACUGGGUCAUCAUGGUGGUAAUCGAUUCGGUCCGGCGAGCGAAGCUGGAUCUCUCCGAAAACGCGAAAUUCGCUUUGAUGUGCCUCCACUACACUCUGCUGAACCUGCAGACCGUCUUCGUCUUCUUCAUCUUCGCGUGCAGUGGAGACGCCGCGCGACAAAGGAUGAAGAAUGCGUGGGAGUGGAUGCGCGGGUGUCCCCGCGUGGGAGGGACUCCCGGGUCGUCCACAGCAUCCUCCAACGUGGAGAAGCAGUUGGGGAACGUCGAAGCGGACCCCAGAGUUGCUUAGGGAUGUCU